GGCCACACAAGUUUGCAGAUGCAGACGGCAAAGAUAAAGGGAAGGGAAAGAGGGGAGGAAGUCAGCUUAAGAAAAGACUGAACCCACACUGACACUGCCAAGAAGUAAUGAAGAAGAUGUAAAGGUGCACAGACUCAAACAAUAGUCAGAAAAUGAAAGGUGUGCGAGAGGGAGAGAUCGUAGUAAAUCAGUACGGCUAACUGCAUCGUGGCGUAGAGUCAGCACCUGAACCCGUGGGAACCCCCGUGUUUGGAGAUGCUUCACUGCAUCGGACCUGCAGCAUUUGCAGAACCAAGACCACCCACUGACUUCAACUCACCUCCACUACAUUCACCGCCCCUUAUUUCAAGGGGAAAGAGAAAGAGUAUGAAGGGGGCCAGCAGAGAGAAAGAGGAAGCAGCAUGUAGUUGCAUAAGUAUCACUGAUCAUCGCUUCUCUAGUUUGUCUGAGCUAUAACGAUGGUCUCAGAUGAACAUUUCUCACUUGGAUUGUCUGCAACUGGAAGGUGACAGGAGUCUUUCUCAGUGUUCCCAUCAUGCUGCCUAACUACUGCCGGACCGUCCUGCAUGCGUCUCUCUUGGCAGUGCUGGUUCUCAAACUAAAUGCUGACAGUGAGGACUCGGACUGUUCCCUGGGAAUUGAAGUACGCCGCAACACGGCCUUCGAGAUCUUGCUUGGACAAGAUCUCGUCAUCAACUGCAAAAUUAUUUUCUGCAAUGAUUCACAACAUGCUGUGACCUGGUUUAAACUUGAUGAAAAAAAUGUCCCCGUCACUGUCAGCGAUAGCAGUCGCAUUAAAACAGAGUGGAAAGAGUUGAACAAGUCUGAAGGGGUUUUGUAUUUGAAAUUCCAAAAAGUCCUCAGCAACGACUCAGGUCUGUAUCACUGUCAUUAUGGACAUGAAGUGGGUCAUAGCAUCAACGUCUCUGUCCAUGGUGGUGGUGAACUAACCACUGUUACAUGGAUGAAUAACACAAAUGGUGCAACUGGAACCCAACAAAACCCGUGGAUGUACGUGUACUCUGCUGCUGGGAUUGUGGCGUUCGUCAUCAUAGUGAUAGUUAUGUCUGUCAUAUCAAUGCGAGGGUGUAAAGGAAAAUCAAAGAAAGAGGCACAAACUGAAAUUCAGUACGUGUCAAUCCCCAUCGUCGAGCCACCCUUCCAACAUGGCGGCCUAGAGCCCUUGUCAAGGGAAAGCCCCUCCGUCCCUCCAUCUGUGAUAUCUACCAAGACACUGCCCUCAAAACCCAAUGAGGUGACAUUACCAAGAGAUAAUGGUGGUCUUUAUGGCAAGAUAAAUGAGGACAGAAAGAGAAAGAAGAAUGCUGUGGAGGAGGGGAGUUCUGUCGUGUAUGCGGCACUGAACCAUCAGCUGCCACCUGCAGGGGCUGCCGCUCGGUCGCGGAGGCCGCAGGAGUUUUCAGAAUACGCAGCUAUUCGUUUGACUUAAAAGACCCAGAGACCACUGGACUAACUUGCUUCAAAGCGGAGUCAGACACAUUCUCAUGUUGGUUGGUGUAAAUUUGGCUCAUAUAACCAUUUACAAAUACGACCACAGUUGAAACUAUUCCAGCUGGCACAUCCCAGAAAGGCUCAGGACGGCAAUUAAAACAGGAUACAGAAAACUCAUCUUGGACACGCAAAGAGUCAUCUACAUUUUUUGGGGGGUAAAAACUGUUCUUUUAUCACAACAUGCGGAUACUACAGCACAGACCAACGACUUUUCAUCUUUGCCAUUUGGUCAAUACUUUAAAACCCCUGCACACAUGCACAGGUGUCCUCACUCCGAUUACACAUCUGCACUAGAUGGCCUUUGUCAGGGCUCUGCUGGUUAUGUUGUGGGCUUAUCAUGUACCGAUGGAUGAAUGAAUGGAUGAAUGACCAAGGUGCAGAAAAAAGGUUACAGAGGAGAGGGACAUAAGAGGACGACAGAAAGAACUAGUCUAGUUAUUUCUCUCUCUGUUGACUUGCGUCAGUUAAAGUUAGUGAUAUCUACAUAUUUCCGAACAUCAAUAAAUCCCAUGAAAGGACCAGAAACAACAAAUUGAUCCUACUAACAAGUCUUUUAGGGCAAAACUUGAUUCAUCGUAUUCCUGUGCCCUAGAGCUCCAUUGUCCAAAAACUAUUUAAAAACAUAAAUCAGCCACACUAUUCUUUCAUUAUGGCAUUUAUAAGUCAGUUUCAGCAACACUGUCCUGCUGUUAAUAGUCACCGGAUCACCAAAUGUGUACGAAUCCACUACCAAAAAAAGUCCCCCGAUAAAUUCACCAUUAAUUUAGGCUUAAACUUGCAAAGGCCAGAAAAUGAAACAGACAUUUUCGCUUCCUCUCCGCUGGCGACGGGGUUCUGUGUGAUGCCCUGGUAACGCUGGAGGUCUUUAACCAGCUUACUUUAGCAACAGGAAGCUAACGCUCAGCUAAUGCAUUGAAUGAAACUCAUUGAGACAACUAAGUUAACUCACAGGUAUUAGGUGCUGUUGUUGGUUUGCGCCAAAAAAAAGUUUUAUUUCACAAAAUGUCCACUGUCAGAGACAGACAGGGCGAGAAGUCAGAAAGCAUUGAUAGAUGGACUAAUGUGUCGCAUUUUGAUAUUUUCAUUAGUUUUGUUCGUAAAGAAAACAAUAUAUAUAUAAUACACAAAAUACCUCUAACAUACAGGUAAGAAAACAGAUGAAAUCAGGCGACAGGCCAAGCUAAAGAAAGGGAAAGGCCACAAGCAGCAGCAUUUUUCACCAGACUAAAUGUUUUUUUCCAGAAUUUUUGUCAACUGUCAACAACUUGUAUGUUUUAGUUUUUUUGUGAUCUUGACUUGAAUAUUUUGUGUCAUUGUACAUUAAAACUGUGAUUAACAUGAUUCAAAUCUACUCUUUUGAGUAACAUCACACCCAACAACAGUAAUGAUUUCAAGAGCUCACAACCUGUAUCCUAUGAACCACAUGACUGAAUAAUGAGCUUUGGAAUUUUGUCUUUUACAAAUAUUUGGAAUAACUGAAUAGAGAAUGUAAUAAUUAUGUGAUUUUUUUGCAAUUGAAAAACAUGCUGUAUGUCCACGAUUGUUUUGAACUGAGAUUAUAAGAUGCCAACAUUG